AUGUCGGGAAAUGGGGACGGGUGUCAUUGGGAGCUGCCGCUGGCAAUUGACGACUUUCCGGCAGACGGGAUUGUGCAGGUACUGUCUGACCGGAAAGCGGCAACCGCGGCACUUAUGGCCGUAAACCUGAAGAGCAAGGAGCUGAGGCAGUGGUUGGGCCAAGUGGUCAAGAUCGUGGAGAAAUCGAAGAAGUCAGUGAAAUGCCAGCAGCUGCAGACGACCAACCGGAAGGCUCCAAGUAUCUGGUUGGCGCCGGCGGCCUUGACGAAACCUUUGGCUUCGGAGCAGGACUUGGUCAGACGUAACCUGGCGGGCAUCUAUCGCGCCGCUCGCCGACGCCUGGACAACCAGAGCACGAUGCACGUCCACAUCCUGUGUCCUGAAGCCUCAGAAGGUGCCGAGAUUUGCUGCCGCGAGGCAGGCAGAGACGGGGAGCCGAUUUUGAUGCAGGGUGGUGCAGGCGGCCUCUUUUGGUGUACUUUGUCGGUUGGCCCUACCUUCAAGGACCAACAGAAGCUGAAGUUCAUUUUGAACAAGGACAAGCGGAUGGGUGUUAUGGAGAGUCUGGAAAGCUUUCUGGGCAGCUUUCGUGGACGAAAUGAUCAUGGCAAUCUGCUCGAGACUGACGUGGCACUCAGCCGGCAGGCGGCUGACGAUGCUCGCUUCUUUGGCCAGGUGCUCUUCGACAGUAAGGAGGAGUUGCCGCAGGUGGAGCUUCACGGCAGGUUCCUCUGCGCCUUCCACCAUCGGUUGGAGGGUGAAAACAGCGAUGCGCUACCUGUAGUCUUGGGUGAUUUCUUGCAGCUUUGCAAACAAAUGCGCAGCACGCCAGACUUGAAAGAGUAUCUGAACCUGCUGGCCGAUCCCAUCUCCAGCAGCCAAGCAGUUCUGGCGAUGUGUGCCCUCGCUCGGCUGGUGAAGCUGCCGACAGACGCCGGCACCUUUGCAAGAGGCGAGCUGGUGCUGGUAGAGAGAGCCAAGGGAUCGAACUCCAAAAGCAAGAAAGGCCAGGGUGAACGGAGCGAAGCUUCCGUGGGCGAAGUUGUGCAGGCUUCCCAGUACAAGCUGAGGGUGCGGAAACUUAGCGGUGAGGUCGCUGGAGAGGAGGAAGAAGUGCACGUGGACAGGGUGAAGCCUCUUUCAGCGACGUGCACGUGGUCCGGUGUUGGGUCGAUCAGCUCCAACGUGCUUUCUGCGUUUGCAGCAUGUUCUUGCAAAGCACAGGAUUUUCACGCCCUGCUGCAGCAAGACUGCUGGCGUGGGCUACAGACGAUGCUACGAGCUGAUGCAUACCGAGGCGGUGCAUGGUGGCUGGAAGCUGUGAGGCUCGCUCUGUCUCGGAUUAUAGGGCUUGAAGACCUGGGUGAGCGUAGUUUCGGAGGGUUUGUUAGGGCCUUGAGCGGGUGUCUAAUGGGGUUGUCCUAG